GUAGUUAAAACUUACCUAGAGACGGUCUUAUGCAUACUAUUUUGAAGAUUUGGGUACUUGAGCGCUGUCCACGUAGCAGACGAAACAGAACAAACUUUUCGGAAUUUAUUCCUCUAAUUACGGCGCAUUUGACCUCAUAAUUAGCGUGCAGAAGCAGCUGUUCGUGUUGUGUGUGUGAGCCAACAUGGCUCCAGUGAAGAGGCCUCAUGUCGUGUGUUGAGAUAUUUGGGUUCGUGUUGAAUGAGACGCUGUGUCGCACCAGCAGGAAAAGGAAGCACGACCCAGUCAUGUUUUCAAGGAUAUCAGACGCACUGCAGGCUGCAGCUGAUGUGGUUGCUCCACCAUGUCCACGUGUUGAAGACCUACGCUACCACUGGACGCAGCUGUCAAUUAUUUGCCAGAGAUGUCAGCACAACGAGGGUCAGACACCAGCCAUCGAGGAGACGCACGUCCCAAGACACUUGACACAGAUGCUCAAGAUGUUGGUGGCUGAAGAGAGGGAGCAACGUGUGGGUGGGCCACUGAGUCCCUGCAUGGAAUAUCUUGUACAGGAGAAAGUGCUUGCCACCUUAGCCUCCCAUGCCAGGGCCGAUCGUCCUCUUGGGAUCCGACAGCAUGCAUAUGUUUUCCUGGUUGGGGUGCUGAACCAUCUCCACCAUUCUCACCUGCAUCAUGGCCCUGUGCACAAACCACUUCAGGUGAUGGUGAAAGCUAGCUGUGAAAUGAGAGCAUCACCCUAUGAGCAUGAAGAGAUGGAAUUCCUUUCUACUCUUUGUGAAAAAAUUCGACAGGAUAGUAGUAUCAUCCUCUUGUACAUUCAGCCAAUAGCAAUAACUGGAGGAGUCCCCAGUGGAUUCACACCAGAUGACAGCUUCCCUCCAACCCCUACACAUGAAGUUGCAAAUGGCACAUCUGCUGAUGAACAGAAUUCAUCAGCUGGACAGAAAUCACAACCAAAAUUUCCUCUUGUUGAUGCCCUAUUGAACAUGUGUCAUAGUGCAGAUUCUCGCAUCUCCUCUAUGGCUCAUGACUGCCUUGUGUCAGUGGCCAGUAUUAGACAAGGACACAGUAGUUCAACAAUAGCAAGACAUACCCUCCUCCCUCACUACUUGGCAUCACGACUGGUUACUGCAUCUGAUGCUAUUCCUAAGGAUACAGAGCCAGCCUUGAUAGAGGACAUUCCACUAACAGAGAAAAGCAAAGGAGAGGCCUUGGAAGGGAGUGAUAGUGAAGAGGAAGAUGAUGUGGGAGAAUUCCCAGGGAGAAUAGAAGUGAUUGCCUUCUUAAAUUGGCUAACAUUCUGUGAUAAGUUUGUGGGUGCAUGCGAUGGCACUUUAGGUUCAAGUAUCUGCAGCACCAUAAGAGAGGUGUUCUUAGAAGGUGUCCUACGUGGAAUGUUAAAUAAUGAAGAUGAGGAUACAGUAUCUCUUUACCUGGCAAUCACAGCCAAAAUCAUCACCUCUAUUUCAUCACCACUCCUUGUUAACAGUACAAUAUCUUGGUUGAGUGAAGAUAGUGUGGAGUUGGAAGGAGAUGAAUGUGCCAUGAGACACCAUGUGAUGAAGCUGUGUCAGCAACCCCCUCACCACUUACAAAUACAGGCCCUCAGAUUGCUGCAGGUUAUGAUAGAGAAACCAGGCAGCAUGGCAGUACAAUCCUUGGUGCUGAACUAUGUCAUGACGCGAGGCUAUCAUGACUCUUCUGCCGCUGAACAUCAACAAAGCUCAUGGUCAGAUGAAGAAGAUGAAAGAUACAAACAUAGAGAAGAAACUUCUUCAGAAACUAACCAUAGUUGUGUAAAGCAUAAUCAAACUGAUGGUGUACACACAGGCGAGACAUCUCCAGGAUCUGUACCCAUCAGUAGGACUUUGGCUCCUACUAACAUUAACAAAAUUGUCAAAAGGUUUUUGAUGGUUGUACCUGAAGAAUUGCGCUCUACCAACAAAGAUGACUUUGAGAGCUACAUGGCAGAUGCUGAACGGCAGUAUAGAGAUGUGUGUCGGUCUUGUGUCUCCUUCGGCUGGCCACGAGAGGCAGUGACACCUGAGUGUCCAUCUGACUCCUCCUCCACUGCUUCCCGUGAAUCUCGACCUGAAGCAGAAGGGAGCAGCUUUUAUGAGGGUCCUCUCUUGCGCAUGCUAAUGGACUUCCUGGAACACUUACCUGAUCAGGACUAUGACAUCAAUCUCCAAGUGACCUCAUUAGUGGCUACCUUAGCUCUCCUUCCACACCCACACCUGCACGAAUACCUCCUCAACCCAACGGUAACACUGUCAGAAGGUGUGAGAACCCCCUGCACUGUAUUAUCUUCUGUGGUAUCCAAGAUCCAUCAGCCGAUAGUAGAACGUGAAGAUUAUGUUGAUCACUUGAAGGUUACCAGGUACCAGCUCCUUGGAACUAUGGAAGAGUUUGAUUUUGAAAGAGAUGAUGAUGACCGCAAAUUUGAAGCUUUAAUUGUGAUUGAAGAAUUUACCAAGGAACUAGCAUCCAUAGCAUAUGCCAAAUACAGAACAGAAUGUAACGGAUAAAGUAAGUACCUGGUGCCACUGAUGAUUGAAAAGCAGAAGACCUAGACUCUUCAUUAGCUUUUGAUAUAGUUUAUGUGAUAAAGAAAAUGGUCAAGUGAUCUUAUAUUUUUCUCGAAAUCUUGGGGCAUUGCUGAGGACAUUUGGUGACAUGAUAUGGUGUUGGUCCUGAGACACUAGUAUGUAUGGUUUGGAGCUGCUUUGUUUUACUUCUUUUUAAACAGCUUUUGAUUUGUGACCGUAUGCAACUGCAGCUUAAAAAUGCAAGCUGCAGUUGAGGGAAUAAGCCUGAUUAUAAUAGUUGAUAACAAAAUAAUUUGCUCCUUUAUGUAAAUUAUAAAGAUGAGUUUGAUAUUUUCCAAAUAGUGAGAUGGAACUAUGUAUUUGGAGCUAGUUCUUAUAUAAAAAUACUAAUUCAUUGAUAUCAGGAUAUUAAAAAGUAGAUUCUAAGUUUGCUUUAGAAUAAAUGGCUCAUUUACAUAACUCUGUUCUUUGAUGAUACAUCCUGUUUGCUUCUGAAUAUUAUAAUUACUAUCUUUUGUCUAGAUCAGGUUUCUCUACUGUACUUCAUUAUAUAUAUAUAUAUAUAUAUAUAUAUCCUAUGUAUUUAUUAUAAUUAUUUUUUACUAAAACAACAAAUAGCAGCUGACAUUAGCUGUAAGAUGUAUUAUUUCCUUAUGAAAAGCAACUGAAGUUUAAAUCCUUAUUCUAGUGUAAUUGUUUAGGAAGAGCAAUAUUAUUGCCUUGUAGGCUUUCUGCUCAUAUCUCUUAGGGAUUUCUUGUGUUCCAUUUAGGUGCUUCACGCACAAAUCAUGGUGCAGUCCAUUAUCUUUUUAAAAAAUGGUAUAAGUUCAGUUUAUAUAAAACUCAUCUAUAUAUACAUAUGUGCAUAGGUGUUUGUAUGCAUUUAUGUGUGUGUGUGCAUGUGCAUGUAUGUUUGUGGCCAUAGACAUGGGUAUGUGGGUGUGUAUGCAGGUGCAUGUGGGUA